ACUCUGAAAAACACAUUCCCUGGAUCUACAUCUACUAGGACGCUUCUGAUUAGGCCAGAAUCUUCUAUCUUUCACCAAGAAGGCUGCCACAGUUCCUCGGUCCGCAUCAGACGAGCCCGCAAUCGCCCAACACGAAUUCGCUCGUCACGAGCUCGCUCGCCGUGAAACACGGCGGACGGCACGAUGGUUAGCGCCAAGCGCCUCCUCCUCUUCCUGUGGCUCCUCGCUGCCACGUGUCAAUGCCUCUCUCUUCGACAUAUUCCUCCCCACGACCCGGAAGCCACCGCCGCCGACGACGGGGUCUCUUCACUUGCUACUAACGUGGAUGGCCCUCUGGACUCCACUACCGGGGAUGAUUCCGCCUCUAACGCGGAUGUCCUCGCAGAGAACCCCCCUACCGCCGUUCCCGUCAAUCCCGAUGGCAUCAGCAAUCCUAACUUCUUCCCAGUUUCAAGCGAGUCUGGAUCGGCCACCAGUAGCAGUGAUAGCACUGCUCUUUACAUCGUGCGACUGCAUUCCGCGCUCCCGCUCGCUGCCUACCGCGGAGCCGUCGCCAGCUUCUCCGGCUGGGGUGACGACGACGCUGACGACGAUACUCACGGCGGCACUUCCGUCCCGGCUGGACUAGCGGCGACGGCGGAGGCGGUGGGACGAAGAGGCGACGGCGCUGGGCGGCAGAGUACCUCGGCGCGCGCGGCUGUGCGCGGACAACCCGCAGGUGGCGGCUUACGCGCAGAUGCUCGAGUCGCAGCAGACGCAGAUCGCGUCGGAAGUCGGCGUGGCGUCGACCAACGUGGCAUACAGCUACAAGUACUCGACCAACGGCUUCGCGGCGGUGCUGACGGCGGACCAGCUGCGGCGGGUGAAGCGGCAUCCCGCCGUGGCGUCGGUGCGGGCGAGCGCGCGGAAGCAGCUCUUCACGACGGAUUCGCCCGCGUUCCUCGGAAUGAACAGCGCCGGCUCGCUGUGGCCCGCGAAUGGCGGGCAGGCGAAGGCGGGCGAGGGCAUGGUGAUCGGCAUCGUUGACACGGGCAUCUGGCCCGAGCACCC